CUUAUUGAUCCAGAAGGUGGCUAAUUAGCCCUUCCCGUCGUGCCUGGGUAAUGAGGCACAUGCGCACUGCACUAAUCAGCCAUUUUUUGCAGGAAACUAAUUAGCAGAAUAAAGAUCCAAAGAGUUUGCUCCCCUCCCGGUCGCAGAGCCGCGCGCCGGCGCUUCCUCCUCCUCCUCCGGCCGCCCCGAGACGCCCGAGACCGGACCCGGACCGCGCCGGAGCCCUGCCCUCGCCUCCGCCGCCCGCCCGCCUCCCCUCCCUCCCUCCCUUCCUCCCUCCCGGCCACGCCGACGAUGCCGCUGCUGCCGCGGCUGCUCCUGGGCGGCGGCGGUAGCGGCAGGAGCACCGGCAGCAGCAGCAGCGGAGGAGGAGGAGGAGGCGGCGGAGGAGAAGGAGGGAGAGGCGCCAGGGCUCCGGCCACCGCCGCCGCCGCUCCUCCUCGGCUCUUCCCCGCCUCCGCCUCGUCCCGAAGCCGCCAAAGCCAAAGCCGCCUCGGAGCGCGCCGUUCCCGCAGCCUUCAUGGGAUCUGUGGCUUCCCCGCCGCCGCCCCCCGGGAUUAAGCGCCUCGCCGCCGGAGUCGCAGCCCAAGACAACAACGCCAACGCCGCCGCCGGAGGGGCCGAGGAGGAGGACGAGGAGGACGCCAACGCCCGCCAGCGCCGCCGCCGCGUCCAAGUCGUACUGGGUGCAAUGAGUGCUCCACGCAUUCCAUGCCAUGGAAGGCUGUGACUCACCCGUCACCUUGGGGAAGGACAAUGGGUGUGCUCUCCCUCAGCACCAGCAAUGGACUGAACUUGGUAGCUCCCACCUCCCUGGUAUGGCUGCCAGCAUGGAGCCACCUGCAGUGGAGAGCCACGGAGCCCUAGACCAGCGGCGGGGCCCUUUCCGAGAGCACUCCCCUGGAAGCACUGCUGGCCCUGCUCCUACUAGCCCCGGUGCGGAGCUGGCCGGCCAGGAGGUCAGCUGCAACGAAUGCUCUGCCUCUUUCAUCAGCUUGCAGGGCUACAUGGAGCAUCAUUGUCCAUCCAGCGCCCGUCCGCUUGUCCCCCUGCAGAAGGACUGUGGGAGCGAGACUGGCGAGGAGGGGGAGGAGGAGAGCGACGAUGUGGAGAACCUGGCUGGGGAGAUUGUCUACCAGCCAGAUGGCUCGGCAUACGUUGUGGAGAGCCUCAGCCAGCUGAUCCAGAGUGGAGGGCUGUGGGGGGCUGGCCACGGCGGCGGGGCGCUUCCCCCUCUUUUCACGAACUCCAUCCCUAGCCCAGGGGGCAAGCAAGGCGAGGCCACGGCUGCUGCCCCCACCCCCGCCUACCCCCAGAUCAUCAACACUUUCCACAUAGCCUCGUCCUUUGGGAAGUGGUUUGAGGGCUCAGAGCCGGCCUCCCCAAAUACCUCAGCCCUGGCAGGGCUCAGUCCUGUCUUGCACAGCUUCCGUGUUUUUGAUGUGCGCUACAAAAGCAACAAGGAUUACCUGAACAGUGAUGGUUCUGCCAAAAGUUCCUGUGUAUCCAAAGAUGUUCCCAACAAUGUGGACCUGUCCAAGUUCAAUAGCUUUGUGCUGUAUGGGAAGCGGAAGCCCAUCCUGAUGUGUUUCUUGUGCAAACUCUCCUUUGGGUAUGUCCGCUCAUUUGUGACCCAUGCGGUGCAUGACCAUCGAAUGACUCUGAGCGAGGAAGAGCGGAAAAUUCUUAGCAAUAAGAAUAUCUCCGCUAUCAUCCAAGGGAUAGGCAAAGACAAGGAACCCCUUGUAAGCUUUUUGGAACCAAAAACCAAAAACUUUCCACGUCCUUUAGUUUCCACAGCAAACCUCAUAGGCCCUGGACACAGUUUCUAUGGCAAAUUCAGUGGGAUACGCAUGGAAGGGGAGGAGGGUGCCCAGGUUGGGGCUGCCAGUGGAGCAGAACAGCCCCAGUCUGGCCGCUUGGCCCCUGGGGGCCUCUUGAACCUUGGAGGGCUAACAAGUUCAGCUUUGAAGACACCAAUUACCUCAGUUCCCCUUGUCCCACUGGCCUCUAGCCCACCUGUUUUUUCUGAGGGGAAGAACCCUGGGGGGGUGGCAGACCUAGAGAAACAAGAGCCUGCUAACCAGCACAGCCCCUCAGAGAAAGCAGAGCCAGCUGGGGAGGAGGAAGAGGAAGAGGAGGAGGAGGAAAUAGAGGAGGAGGAAAUGGAGGAAGAGGAGGAAAUGGAGGAGGAGGAAGAGGAAAUGGAGGAGGACAUGGAGGAGGAGGGGUGCAAAGGGCUGUUUGCAAGCGAGCUGGAGGAUGACCUGGAGGAGAGGCCUCCCGAAGAGUCUGGGUCGGUGGCAGGCUGCAGUGGCAGCAGUGGCGGCAGCCCAAAGGACCUUGCUCUCUCAAACCAAAGCAUUUCUCCCUUAAUGCCUAACGUGCUUCAGGCUCCGUCCCACGGCACGGCUUCUUCUAAUUCUGCUUCUUCCUUUGUCUUUGAUGGUGCAAACAGGAGGAAUUGUUUAAGCUUUAACAGUGAAGGCAGUGAGGGCCGCAGGAGGCUGGACUUCAGCAAUGAAAGUGCCAAUAGAGACAAUGCCACAGUAGCAGAACCAAAUGAGAGUGUUGAGGGCGAGGACGGGGUCUAUGUCUCCCAUCACCAGCACAUGGGGCCACUCUGUGAACUCGGGGAUGGGGAGUGCCCCUCGGGGAGUGGCGUGGAGUGCCCCAAGUGUGACACGGUCCUGGGCUCCUCGCGGUCGCUUGGCGGCCACAUGACCAUGAUGCAUUCACGAAACUCAUGCAAGACACUCAAGUGCCCCAAAUGUAACUGGCACUAUAAGUACCAGCAGACGCUGGAGGCUCACAUGAAGGAGAAGCACCCGGAGCCUGGGGGCAGCUGCUCCUACUGCAAAAGUGGGCAGCCUCAUCCGCGGCUCGCACGGGGUGAGAGCUACACCUGUGGUUACAAACCCUUCCGCUGCGAGGUGUGUAACUACUCCACUACUACCAAAGGCAACCUCAGUAUUCAUAUGCAGUCUGACAAGCAUCUCAACAACAUGCAAAACCUGCAGAACGGAGGCGGGGAACAAGUUUUCAGCCACACUGCUGGAGCUGCUGCAGCUGCAGCGGCGGCAGCGGCAGCCGCUGCAGCAGCAGCAGCAGCAGCAGCCGCAGCCAAUAUGGGGAGUAGCUGUCGGGCCCCCUCCCCGACUAAACCAAAAAGCAAACCUACCUGGCGGUGCGAGGUGUGUGACUAUGAGACAAAUGUGGCCAGGAACCUUCGCAUCCACAUGACCAGUGAGAAGCACAUGCACAACAUGAUGCUGCUCCAGCAGAACAUGAGCCAAAUGCAGCACAACCGCCACCUGGGCCUGGGCAGCCUGCCUGCUGAGGCAGAGCUGUACCAGUACUACCUGGCACAGAACAUGACCCUGCCCAAUCUGAAGAUGGACAGCCCAGCUUCAGAGGCGCCGUUUGUGAUGGGCAGCUUCCAGCUGGACCCCAGCAAUACCAUCGCCUCCAUGACCCCAUCUCUAGACAAAAAUUGCACGUAUGCACAAGGGCCAGAGGUGGAAUUACAAAGAGCUGCUUUCAGAUGUCCUAAAUGUUGUUGUGCAAGUCAAGAAAACAGGAAUGAGAUAGAGCUGAAAAUAGAAACCUUUAAUGUUGAAGUAAACAGAAGGAAGAUUGUGUCAACUGUGCUUAGAAAUGUGGGUGGAGAGAUUCCCUUGGACAUGCGGCUUGGGGGUGGGCAGCUGGUCUCUGAGGAACUCAUGAACCUGGGGGAGACCUUCACGCAGACCAACGACCCCUUGCUGAAACUCUUCCAGUGUGCCGUGUGCAACAAGUUCUCCACGGACAACCUGGACCUGCUGGGGCUGCACAUGAACAUGGAUCGCAGCCUGCCAGAGGAGGAGUGGAAGGUAGCAGCGGGGGACUCCUACCAGUGCAAGCUGUGCCGCUACAACACACAGCUCAAAGCCAACUUCCAGCUUCACUGCAAGACUGACAAGCAUGUGCAGAAAUUCCAGCUGGUGGCCCACAUCAAGGAGGGGGGCAAGGCCAAUGAGUGGAGGCUCAAGUGUGUGGCCAUCGGGAACCCGGUGCACCUGAAGUGCAACGCCUGUGACUACUACACCAACAGCCUGGAGAAGCUACGACUGCACACCGUGAACUCCAGGCACGAGGCCAGCCUGAAGCUCUACAAGCACCUUCAGCACCACGAGAGCGGCAUCGAAGGAGAAGGCUGCUACUACCACUGCAUCCUCUGCAACUACUCCACCAAGGCCAAAUUGAACCUCAUUCAGCAUGUGCGCUCCAUGAAGCACCAGCGCAGCGAAAGCCUCCGGAAGCUGCAACGCCUGCAGAAGGGCCUCCCGGAGGAAGAGGAGGAGCUGGGCCAGAUCUUCACCAUCCAGAAGUGCCCUGUGCCUGAUGCGGAGGAGUUCACUGAAGAUGCCGAAGGACCUGGAGAGGCCGCCACGGACCCAGAAGAGCCUGCAAAAGACCCUGAGAACACAACAGACCAGGACCAGGUCAAAUGGACAGCACAAGUUGCCCAGGCUGACAAGGAGCUGACAGAGGCCCCAGCAUCGUCCAAGCGCAUUCCGCUUCCUCGGCGCUCUGAGUCCCCCGUCACCAAAUGGCCCAGAACAUCAGAUGAGACAAAGCUGGAGCAGGUGUACCAGUGUCCCUACUGCAAGUACUGCAACACCGAUGUGAACCGGUUGCGGGUGCACGCCAUGACGCAGCACUCCGUCCAACCCAUGCUCCGAUGCCCACUCUGCCAGGACAUGCUCAGCAACAAAAUCCACCUGCAGCUGCACCUCACUCACCUGCACAGCGUGUCCCCAGACUGCGUGGAGAAGCUCAUUUUAACGGUGACAACGCCAGAGGUCAUGAUGCCCAGCAGCAUGUUCAUCCCAGCUGCAACACCAGAUCGGGAUGGGAAUGCCAGUACGGAUGAGCCAGCCAAGCUGUCCGAGACCUCAGAUGACCUUGGCAAAGCCCUGCUGCUGCCGCCGCCACUUUCUGAUCUGCCAGUGCGUGAGGGAGAGUCAAAAGUGCCAGACCAAGCCUUGGCCAGGGAGGAGGUGGGGUUCCUCUGCUGGAAGAAGGGUUGCAGCCAGACCUUCAAGAGCUCCACUUCCCUCCAGGCCCACUUCAAUGAAGCGCACUCCAAGCGGCCCCAGCUCCCCGUCUCUGACCGGCACGUCUACAAAUACCGCUGCAACCAGUGCAGCCUGGCCUUCAAGACCAUUGAGAAGCUCCAGCUGCACUCCCAGUACCACGUGAUCCGUGCAGCCACCAUGUGCUGUCUCUGCCAGCGCAGCUUCCGCACUUUCCAGGCCCUCAAGAAGCACCUGGAGAGCAGCCACCUGGAGCUGAGUGAGGCGGAUAUCCAGCAGCUGUACAGUGGGCUCCUGGUCAAUGGGGACCUCUUGGCCAUGGGGGACCCCUCACUGGCUGAAGAGCAUGGCCUGCUGGCUGAGGAGGACAGGGAGGAGGAGAGCGAUCCUGAGGACAAGCAGAGCCCCACAGGGAGUGACUCCGGCUCCGUGCAGGAGGACUCCGGCUUAGAACCAAAGCGGGCUCUCCCUUUCCGAAAGGGGCCAAACUUCACUAUGGAGAAGUUCCUGGACCCAUCCCGCCCCUACAAGUGCACCGUCUGCAAAGAAUCCUUUACCCAGAAAAACAUUCUUCUUGUCCAUUACAACUCCGUUUCCCACUUGCACAAGCUGAAGCGAGCCCUCCAGGAGUCCAGCACAGGUCAACUGGAGCCCACGAACAGCCCUGACAACAAGCCCUUCAAGUGUAGCACCUGCAGUGUGGCCUACAGCCAGAGCUCCACUCUGGAGAUCCACAUGCGCUCGGUCCUCCACCAGACCAAAGCACGGGCGGCUAAGCUGGAGGCAGUGGGGGGAGGCGCCACAGGGGGAAUGGCCGGUGGCGGUGGUAGCAUCUCCAUGGGCUCCUCCAGCCCAGUGAGCACAAGUUCCGUCUCCACCGCCACUACUGCCCCGGCUGUGGCCCCAACAUCCUUUGCUACAACCCGCACAAGCAACGCCAGUGCAGCACCCGUCCCAAGCCCACUCAGCCAAGUCUCCUGUGACAGCACGGGCAUCCCUCCGCUCAGUACACCCCUCAGUGCCAGCACCGCCCCUGCCACCACCUCCAGCUCAUCCAUUGAGCCCAAAGAAGUAAACCGAAAGAAGUUGGCCGACAUGAUUGCCUCCCGGCAGCAACAACAGCAGCAGCAGCAGCAACAGCAGCAAGCACAUACCUUGGCACAGGCACAGGCCCAUGUUCAGGCACAGCUUCAGCAAGAACUGCAGCAGCAAGCGGCUCUUCUGCAAUCCCAGCUUUUCAACCCAGCGCUCCUGCCCCACUUCCCAAUGACCACUGAGACCCUCCUUCAGCUCCAGCAGCAGCAGCACCACCUCCUCUUUCCCUUCUACAUUCCCAGCACAGAGUUCCAGCUGAACCCAGAGGUGAGCUUGCCCCCCAUGAGUAGCGGCACAUUCACACUGACAGGGACUGGGCCCAGCCUGCUGGAGGACUUAAAAGUGCAGUUGCCCCAGCUCAGCCAUCCACAGAUUGUGCAGCAGCAGCAGCCACUCCCCCCACUGCAGCCACCCCACUGUGUCCUCCUCCAGCAGAGCCCACAUCUGGACAAGUGCAGCAAAGCCCCCGGGAAGGAGAAGUGCAAGGACAAUGAGGGCCAGAGGGAGCAGGCCAACAGGGAGAAGGAGGAGAGGGGAUCCCCUGGGAAGGAUACCAUACCAGACAUCUGCCUCAAGCCUAAAGACAAACCCAAAGAGCUGGCAGCGGUGGCGGCAGGAUCCUGGGAACCUUCCCUGCUUCCUCCCCGCAUAGCAUCAGAUGCACGGGGAAAUGCCACAAAGGCCCUGCUGGAAAACUUCGGGUUCGAACUGGUCAUUCAGUACAACGAAAACAAGCAGAAGGUGCAGAAGAAAGCAGGGAGGGCAGAGCCGGGAGACAACGUGGAGAAGCUGGAAUGCAACUCCUGUGGCAAGCUCUUUUCCAACAUCCUCAUCCUGAAGAGUCACCAAGAGCAUGUCCACCAACAUUACUUCCCCUUCAAGCAGUUGGAGAGCUUUGCCCAGCAGUAUCGGGAGCACUACGACCAGCUGUACCCACUACGGCCCCAGACGCCAGAGCCGCCGCCUCCGCCACUUCCGCCGCCUCCCCCACUGCCACCUCCUCCCCUGCCAGCUGCACCCCCCCAGCAGCCCCCCACGCCAACCAUCCCAGUCUCAGCUCCACCCAUCACCUCUCCCACUAUUGCACCAGCCCAGCCAUCCCUGUCCCUCACUCAGCUUUCUAUGCCUAUGGAGCUGCCUCUCUUCUCCCCACUGAUGAUGCAGACCAUGCCCCUGCAGACCUUGCCAGCCCAGUUGCCACCACAACUGGGUCCCGUUGAGCCUCUGCCAGCAGAUCUGGCCCAGCUGUACCAGCACCAGCUCACCCCGAGCCUUCUUCAGCAACAGCAGCAGCAGCAAAACAAAAGGCCUCGCACGCGGAUCACUGAUGACCAGCUCCGGGUCUUGAGGCAGUAUUUUGAUAUCAACAAUUCUCCAAGUGAGGAGCAGAUCAAGGAGAUGGCGGACAAGUCUGGCCUGCCCCAGAAGGUGAUCAAGCACUGGUUCCGAAACACCCUCUUCAAAGAGCGCCAGCGCAACAAGGACUCUCCGUAUAACUUCAGCAACCCCCCCAUUACUAGCCUGGAGGACUUGAAGGUGGAUUCCCGGCCUCCCUCCCCAGAGCCCCAAAAGCAAGAGUACUGGGGGAGCAAGAGGUCCUCUCGGACCCGCUUCACUGAUUACCAGCUGCGGGUCCUGCAAGACUUCUUUGAUGCCAACGCCUACCCAAAGGAUGACGAAUUCGAACAGCUCUCUAACCUGCUCAACCUCCCUACCCGGGUGAUUGUGGUGUGGUUUCAGAAUGCACGGCAGAAAGCCCGGAAGAACUAUGAGAAUCAGGGAGACGGGAAGGAUGGGGAAAGGCGAGAGUUGAGCAAUGACAGGUACAUCCGAACGAGCAACCUCAAUUACCAGUGCAAGAAGUGCAGCCUUGUCUUCCAGCGCAUCUUCGACCUGAUCAAACACCAGAAGAAGCUGUGCUACAAGGACGAGGAUGAGGAUGGCCAGGAGGACAGCCAGAAUGAGGAUUCCAUGGAUGCCGCAGAACUCCUGACCCCUACCAGCUCUUCUUGCAGCACCCCAAUGCCCUCGCAGGCCUACAGCACCCCCACACCUUCUGCCAAUGCUGCCUGCUCCUCCUCCUCCUCUUCCUCCUCUUCGACUUCCUCUUCCUCCUCAACUUCCUCCUCCUUGGCCUUCCUCCCUCAAGUCACCACUGAGGCUGAUGAAGAUCUCAUCACCUAUAGUUCUAAAGUGGAAGCAACCGAUGAGAAACCAAAGCAACCUGAACCUCCAAGUACACAGCAAAACCAAACUCCAGAGAAGCCAAUGCAACCAAAGCAGGAGGUGCUAGAGCAAGGAGAAGCCAAGACUGGCUCUGGGCACCCAAAGGCCUCCCCACCCCCCCUGCAGCAGCAGCCAACCCAGCCUCCACAGUGCACCCUGCCUCAGUCCAACCCUGAUCUAGCCCAGCUCUCUCACCUGCCUCUUAAGCCCCUGCACACCUCAACGCCGCAGCCGCUGGCCAACCUGCCUCCUCAGCUCAUCCCUUACCAAUGUGAUCAGUGCAAGCUAGCCUUCCCCUCCUUCGAGCACUGGCAAGAGCAUCAGCAGCUUCACUUCUUGAGUGCCCAGAACCAGUUCAUUCACCCCCAGUUCCUGGACAGGACUCUUGAGAUGCCUUUCAUGGUCUUUGACCCCAGCAACCCGCUUCUGGCCAGCCAGCUGCUCUCUGGGACCCUAUCUCAGCUGCCCCUUAGCUCUGCCACCUCACCCUCCACUCCAACCUCCACUGUCAGCUCCCUGAAGAGGAAGCUGGAGGAGAAGGCCAGCGCCAGCCCUGGGGAGAAUGACAGCAGCACCGGCGGGGAGGAGCCGCAGAGGGACAAGCGUCUCCGGACCACCAUCACUCCAGAGCAGCUGGAGGUCCUGUAUCAGAAGUACCUGCUGGAUUCCAACCCUACCCGAAAGAUGCUGGAUCACAUUGCUCAUGAGGUGGGCUUGAAGAAGCGGGUGGUGCAGGUCUGGUUCCAGAACACCCGGGCCCGGGAGCGGAAGGGGCAGUUCCGGGCCCUGGGCCCUGCCCAAGCUCAUCGGCGGUGCCCCUUCUGCCGGGCACUCUUCAAAGCCAAGACAGCACUGGAAGCACACAUCCGCUCCCGGCAUUGGCAUGAAGCUAAGCGGGCUGGCUACAAUUUGACCCUCUCUGCCAUGCUCUUGGAUUGUGAUGGAGGACUCCAGGGUAGGGGGGAUCUCUUUGAUGGAGCCGGCUUUUCCCACCUGGUGACUCCCAGCGGCAGCAGCGAUGGCCAAGGCAUGCCCCUCUCCCCGGUGGGCAAGUCCCUGGAGCUCUCCCCUCGGGCCCUGCUGAGCCCGUCCUCCAUCAAGGUCGAAGGGAUGGAAGAUUUUGAGAGCCCCUCCAUGUCCUCGGUCCACCUGGGAUUCGAUCCAGGCAAGCUGGAUAAUGAUGACUGUUCCUCCGUCAACACAGCCAUCACAGACACCACUACAGGUGAUGAGGGCAACGCGGACAAUGACAGCACCACGGAAGCCAAGUGUGGAUUGGGACCGAGUGAGGGUCUGACCAAGGCCGCCAUGAUCGCUAUGUCGGAGUAUGAGGACAGGCUGUCUUCUGGCCUGGUCAGCCCAGCACCCAGCUACUACAGCAAGGACUAUGAUGAGGGCACUGUGGACUACAGUGAGACCUCCAGCCUGGCAGACCCCUGUUCGCCCAGCCCUGGCACAAGCGGUUCGACCGGCAAGUCCAGGGAGAGCGGGGACCGGCUGGGACAGAAGCGCUUCCGCACACAGAUGACCAACCUCCAACUGAAGGUGCUGAAGUUAUGCUUUAGCGACUAUCGGACGCCCACUAUGCUGGAGUGCGAGGUCCUGGGCAAUGACAUCGGGCUGCCCAAGAGAGUCGUCCAGGUCUGGUUCCAGAACGCUCGCGCCAAGGACAAGAAGGCCAAGCUCAGCAUGGCCAAGCACUUUGGCAUCAACCAGGCUAGCUACGAGGGUCCCAAGACCGAAUGCACUUUGUGUGGCAUCAAGUACAGUGCCCGCCUGUCUGUGCGGGACCACAUCUUCUCCCAGCAGCACAUUUCCAAAGUGAAGGACACCAUUGGCAGCCAGCUGGACAAAGAGAAGGAGUACUUCGACCCAGCCACAGUCCGGCAGCUUAUGGCGCAGCAGGAGCUGGACCGGAUUAAGAAGGCCAACGAAGUCCUUGGGCUGGCCACCCAGCCACAAGGCAUGUUUGACGGCUCCCCACUGCAGACGCUGAACCUCCCCUCCGCCUACCCAGCAACUCUUCAGGGUAUCCCACCCGUCCUUCUGCCCGGCCUCAACAGCCCCUCUUUGCCCGGCUUCACGCCCUCAAACACAGCUUUAACUUCACCCAAGCCCACCCUGAUGGCUCUCCCAGGCACAAGCGUCCCCUCGCCUGGGCUCCCCACCUCUGGAUUACCAAAUAAGCAGCCUUCGGCCACACCAAGCUCCCAUUCCCCAGCACAAGCCCCGGUGGCGGUAGCAGCCCCCCAGCCCACCCCUCGGAAGGACAAGGACAGUGAGAAGGUAAAAGAGAAUGACAAGGCCUCCAAGGGCAAGGGGGAGCCUCCGCCGGCUCCCAAGAAAGACAAAGCAGAGGCCCUGGCCCCCCCUGCUGGAGUGCUACCAACCAUGGAAUAUGCCUUGGAGCCUAGCCAGCUCCAGGCCCUGCAGGCAGCUCUGAAUUCGGACCCCACAGCUUUGCUGACGAGCCAGUUCCUCCCCUAUUUUGUCCCCGGUUUCUCCCCCUACUAUGCUCCCCAGAUUCCAGGGGCUCUGCAGAGUGGCUACCUCCAGCCCAUGUACGGCAUGGAAGGGCUGUUUCCCUACAGCCCCGCACUCUCGCAGGCCCUGCUGGGCUUGAACCCAGGGUCCCUCUUGCAGCAGUACCAGCAAUAUCAGCAGAGCCUGCAGGAAGCGCUGCAGCAGCAACAGAGGCAAGCACAGCAGCAGCAGCAGCAAAGGUUACUUCAGCCACCGCAGCCACCAACCCUGCCACAGCCCAAAGGAAGCCAAACCCCGGUCCCGCCAGGGGCUGCCACCCCAGGAAAGGAUCCUGCCAAAGAACCCCCCAAACAGGAAGACCAGAAAUCCACUCCCCAUGUGACACCCCCCCUCCUGCCCAGGCCCUUGGAAGAGCCUGAGGCAGAGCGCAGUGACGCUGUGGACCCCCUCUGUGACCCCUUCAUUGUCCCAAAGGUGCAGUACCGGCUGGUCUGCCGAAAGUGCCAGACGGGCUUCAGCAGCCAGGAGGCGGCCAACGACCACCAGAAGUCGUCCCUCUGCUCCUUCGGCCAGUCUGCGGCCAACUUGCAGGAGAUGGUGCUCCGUGUGCCAGCUCCAUGUGGCCAGGGUGGCGGCAGCAACCAGUACCAGUGCGUGGCGUGCGAGAGCACGGUGUGCGGGGAAGAGGCCCUCCGACAGCACCUCGAGUCUGCCCUGCACCGACACCGAACAAUCCCCAGAGCAGCAAGAAACGCCAAAGAGCACCCCAGCCUAUUACCUCACUCCGCCUGCCUCCCCGACCCCAGCACCGCAUCUACCUCGCAGCCUGCCGCUCUCUCACAUGCAGAUAGCCCCGCCUCGCCCCCCUCCUCUGCCGCCGCCGCCACCACAGCAUCAUCCUCCCACACCACCACCGCCUCCGCCUCCAGGAAAUCUUGGCCCUCAUCAGCCAGUGGCCAGGGGGCAACCCUUGGCAAGCCCACGCCUCCGCCUCCUCCUCCUCCUGCCUCCUCAUCUUCAACGGUUACCUCAAGUUCAUGCAGCACCUCAGGGGUCCAGCCCUCAAUGCCAACAGAUAAUAACUUUGUGGAGGAGCCCGACUCGGACCUUAGCCAAACGCUGGACAGGCCGGCUAGCCCGGCGAGGGAGGGGCCUGAGGGGCCGGUCUGCCCCUCCCAGGACAGCAGCGGCCUCACUGGCGCAGUAGAAAUGGACACCUUUAGAUUGUAAGCUUUGAAGAUGAACAAUUUAAACAAAAAUGAAUUUUAAAAAUAUUAACAAACCAAUUUCAAAAACAGACUAAUUGCAAUUCCAAAGCUUCUAACCAAAAAAAAAAGAAAAAGAAAAAAAGAAGAGCGGAGUGUGGGUUGUUUUCCCAUAUACCAAUGCCGGCAGAUUUUCCCCCAUGGCUUUCUUUCUUUGCGUUUUGGCCGUUGAGAGGCAGGCGGGACUGACCCAGUGGCAGGGGCCCUCUGCCCGCUCUAGCGCCUGCCUGCUUGUCCUUCUGUCUGUCCGUCUCUCCGUCUGUGGAGCUCCAUCCUCCCCUCUUUUCAAUACUACUACUAAUAAUAAUAACAACGCGCCCCCCAAGCCCCCUGAGAGCACAGCAGAGGCCGGCAUAACUGUAUGGGAAAGCAGACCACUUGUUACAGUUUUAGAUUUCUUGCUGUCUUAGCAUUCAGAAACCAAUGGCUUGCUAAAAGGAAAAAAAGAGAAAGAAAUGUAACGUCUUUUUAUUCUCAGGUCAAUUGCUCACACUUUGUUCGGUUUUCAGAAUCAUUGUUUUAUAUAAAUAUAUAUAUAUAUAUAUAUAAUUUCUUUUGGUUUUGAUUUUUUUUCUAAAAAGAAAAGGAAAAUUUUGUUGUUAAUUUAAAAAAAUGGGCAGUAAGUAUUUGUGAAAGAAACAAUGUGAACUGAGUUAGCUUUCUGGGGAUUUUAAGGGUAGCUUUUCUGCUGAAGCCAAUUUCAAGGGGGAAAGUUCAGCGCUCCCACUUUUCAAAACAAACAAACAAAGGAAACAACAGCAACAGCAACACACAAAGAGUGUUAUGGACUUGGAGCUUAAACAUAAGUUUUAAACCAACUGACUUUCUGUAUUUAUGAUAGAUAUGACCAUUUUUGGUGUUGAGUAGAUUGUUGCAUUGGAAAUGAACUGAAGCAGUAUGGUAGAUUUAAAAGAAGAAGAAGAAAAAAGAACCCUUUUGUGUACAUUUAGCUUUUGUAUGGUCAGCUGACGGCUUCUCAUUUGGUGUUGUCUUGUCCAUUCCUAGCCAGGUAGGAUCCGGCCCACCGACGCGCCGCCUAGGCUUUUCCAACCCUUUGUACCUGACCCCUCUUGCCUCUUGUACUCUUCCACUUCCGGUCGCUGCCUUCCUUUCUUGGAGGGCAGACGCAGAAUUAUUUUAUAAAAACUAAAGAGAAAAAAAACUCAAAAGGUUUCCAAGGGGUCAAUAGGAUCCCUUGCAGAAUAUUUUUGUUGGGGGUUCAAAACUUUUUAAGGUGUAUACAUGUCUGUUACCCUUGUGCACUUAACUCUGUCUUCUCCUUCUUCUCCGCCUUUGGUUUUCCUCUUUUGGACUUCCUUUCUUCGUUUUGUAAAUGCUUCAGAGACUCUGUUUUGGAAGCGUCUUUGGCCUUUGUUGGGGUAACUAGGGUGCACUUGUUCCUUUUCCAAGGAUUUGUCUGUUAUGUUUUUUCCCCUGCUUUGUUUGGUUUAUUCCUUUCCUAAAAAAAAAAAAAAGAAAUUCAUGCUUUAAAUAAAAUCCAAAGACAACCCUUUUCACCACUGGUGCAGAAUGAGCAAAAAGGAUUCUUUCGACUUCAGGAUUUCUUUCCGGUUUCAGCCGCAAGACUCAGUUUGAAGGACACAAAGGGGUGGGUUCCCUGGGUGCCUCCUGUCCCCCCCAAAACCCAAAGGCAAUGUGUCCUGAGCGCCCCAUGGGUGGGGGAGAUGCAGCACAAGAGGAUAGCCAGAGCCGGGGGGGGGGGGGGGGUCUUCCUCUGCUCCUCCCUUUUUUGUGAUAUCGACCCAGCUUGGGAAAUGGGGAGCAGGGGGUGGAGAGUCACUUCCUGGCCAGAAGCCCCGCUUCCUGCCCCUACCUAUGGGAACACCCCUCCCCUCCCACCCCCAUUUGCAUGCUUCAAAAGGGAACAUAGACUGUGAAUAAUCUGGGGAGGGGCUGCCUCUCCUGGUCCCUUUCUACAUAGCCGCUGGAAGGAGGGAGGGGUUGGCACCAGAUGGGACUGCAAGAGGCACUGGCUCUGCCUUCUCCCUCCCACACACCCACCCGCUGCCCCUUCCCUCCUAGCUAGGGCACUUCCUCCCACCCUUCUUGCCUUGAGCUCAACAAAAGACUUACUAUUGAACUGGGGUAGGCCUUUCUUGGGAAGAAGCGGGGAGGGAGAAAGGCAGAUAGGCCCCUUGUAGCAUAAGUGGCAAAGGCCUCCCCUUCAUAAAGACCCCUUUUCCUCCCUCGCUUGAGAUGAACAUUUUUAAAAAUCUUUAUAAAAUUGUACAGUUUUGGUUUCCAUUCUUUUAACUUGUUUGUAAUUCUAUGAAAAUAUAUAUAUAGAUAUAUAUUUUUUGCCAUUAACUGUUGUGCGUUACUCUGAACCAUAUAGGUUUUGUUUUGUUUUCAGUUCCCCUGCGUGGCAUCAGUUGCCAGUUGGACACCCGCUUUCCCCGUCAGGUUUGGUGGCCUGUUUUGCAUCCAUUCUGUUUCUGACUCUGCCCAGUGAGUUCAUGACUCUCACAAUCACCCUCCCUUUCUCCCUCCCUCCCUCCCUCCCUCUGAAGGGUGUUUCAGGGCAUCUCCCAACAUAUCCCUGGGGGUCUGGCUGCUGUCGGUACAGUCUCUCCCAGAGCCAAUGGAGAGAGCCAGGCCCCCCUGGAGCACAGGAGGGCUCUCCGACCAGCCCCCUCUCGACAGGCCCUCUUCCUUGGCCUUCACCCUGUGUCCUUUGUAGCCAGACUGGGGCCAAGGGGGAGAGAGGUGCUGGCCAAGGAGCACCUGCCACAGAGGACAUGCCAGCCACAACCAGGCGAGUGAGUUGAGGGGGGGUCCCAGCGGGUGGCUGGAUGGCGGGGGCUCUUUCUGGCCAGAGGCGGAAAAGCCAAUGGCCACUGGCCAGGCCAAGGGGCACUCUUGUGCAACCUAUGGGGCACUCAAGCUUUGACUGUUUCUCAUCUGCUCGGUUCGGUUGAGGGGCGCAGCUGGAUAAAACCGAAAGCAUAAAUGAGGUGAAGAGGUCUAUGAACAGCCUUUGCAAUGUACAAAAACUAGAGCAAGUGAAACCAAAAAAUGAUGUUCUUGGUGUUUUUUCUAUAAUGUAGUCUUGUUAGCUUUUUUUUUUUUGUUACUGUAAUGAUGCUGAUCUCGAACUGUACCAAAACAUUUUGGAGACGGACAAACAACAGAAAAACCACACAGAACUCUAAACAACAACAAGAUUUUGUCACAAAACACUUUGUUGUCAUAGUUAAGUUGAUUGUAGAUGGUAAUUGAAUAUACUCCUUUGAAAAUAUUUCAUCAAGUAUGUUUCCUGCUCAUUGUGAUACAUUAAAAAAACGAAAUGAGCAAAA